GAUAGAUUUUUAUCUGAUCUAGUCUCUUAUUAUCGGCCCCUAAUAGAUAACAAUAAUAAUAAAUAUUAGUUUUAAAUAAAUGGUUUGCACUACUGCUGUAUCUUUUUUAUAGCCUUUACGAGUCGGUUUUUUUUCUCCAUAUAUUCAUUUGUCUAAGAACUUGUUCUUUAGAAGUCACUGGACUGGACUGUACACCGGAUAAAAUCAACACUCGCGCUUGUUUUAUUGAUUGAUGAUGCUAUCACUAUUGAUCAAUGAUUUGGAUCAUCCGUCUAUCUCAUCCAUCUGUGAUUAGAAUCUGUGCUUUUCCUUCCUGUGCGAGAACUGGAAUUUGUUGUAGUCCCAGUCCCAGGCUUACAAGAUCUACUAAUUAAUGAGCACGUAAGGCCUACUACUAAAGAAAAAUAGCCAAUUAUAAUGAAAAUUAAACUCAGUAGGUCUAGAUUCUAGAUCUAAUCUAGAUCUAGAUAUAGUAUUAGUCAGUACAGUCUGAGUACAGGCCUCCUAACCCUACUGUAUAAUUGGCCUGAAUCUUUGGUCAGUGGUCAUGACCUACCUAGAACUGUAACAAUGGACACUGAUGGCCCAAGGUAAGGGGUCAAAGGCCAAAGUGCAUUCUCAAGCAAGGACUCCCCUCCUUUUACCAAGUCACUAGAUAUAGUAGAUCUCUACUACUGGAAGGCUACAGUCUGAUUCUUUAUUAAGGGCCUCCACUUCUUAGAAGCCUCCAAGGCUAGAGUUAGACUUGAAUCCACAGUCAAGAAUUUUUCAAAAUAUUAGUUUGCAGGUGCAUAUCUGGUAGGGUCUACUCGGAUUCACAAAAGUGCCUAUGUAGCCUACUGGAGUUGAAACUUCAAAUUCAAGUGGAAACACUGAACGACCUGACUGGUGAUAAUGAUCGGCCAUUUUGUAUCGUGCGCUGUCGCGGUUGGUCUUGUGGCAGUGUUCAUCAGCUACCCACAGCCACCGUUGUCGUCCCGGCUGGAGCAAUGGAAACAGUUAGGAGAAUUCCUCAGUGUAGGCAAACGGAAAAUAUUUUUUGUUGAUGAAAAAGGUCAAGGUUCAUCUGGACCUGUAGUCUGUCUCCAUGGCUUUCCUACCAGCAGCUAUGACUGGAUCAAAAUCCUACCUGAUAUGAAGAGCCAGUUUUCUCGUGUGAUAAUGCUGGAUUUUCUCGGCUAUGGGUUCAGUGACAAGCCAGAAGAUCACACUUAUACAAUAGCUGAGCAGGCUGAAAUAGUGGAGACUCUGUUAGAGAAACUGAGCGUGCCGUCUGCCCAUGUGCUGUCUCAUGACUACGGAGAUACGGUGGCUCUGGAGUUGUUGGCCAGGAGCAACAGUAAAAAGCUUUCCUUUGUCAUGCAAUCUUUGACAAUGCUGAAUGGAGGGGUAUUUCCAGAGACACAUCGCCCAAGAAUUUCUCAAAAGCUGUUGUUGACUCCAGGCCUUGGUUAUGUCGUCAGCCGCCUGUUCAGUCUGCCGAUCUUCUCCAGAGGCUUUGGGGAAGUGUUUGGAGCCUCAAAACCCACCAACGAAGAUUACGCUGAUUUCUGGGCCGCCCUGCGAUACAAUGAUGGAGACAGAGCAGCGUACAGAAUCAUCAACUUUUUAAGAGAAAGACAAGAAUUCAAGGGGAGAUGGGUCGGAGCGCUGCAGUCCACAGAUCUCUCAGUCCUCAUGCUGUACGGCCCUGCUGAUCCAGUCAACCCGCCCAGUUUUGCCGCUCAUUUCAGAAAAGUUGUACCGAGGCACAAACUUGUGACCUUGGCUGACAGCGUGGGACAUUAUCCUCAGUGGGAGGACCCGGAGACCGUGGGCCGAGAGUUCCUCAAGUUUAUCCAGUCUCUGGAGACUCAGACACGCUCUUGAUUCUUGUGAUGUAGUAGCAGCCUGUCACCUUAGGUCAUUGUAAAUGGGCUGAUUUUUCAAUGUCAAGCUCAUACUGUGCCGUAACAACGUAGGGGGAACU